CCGGCCCUGUAGCCACCACCUGUCAAGAAGAUGAAAGUGACUCAGUCUGGAUUAUGCUCGCUGCCAGAUGACGUGGCAGUUACUUGCCUGGCUCAGAUCUCGAGAUUUGACCUAGCGGCCUUAGCUAUAGCCUCAAAGAGCCACCGCUCUCUCAUAUCUUCCCCUAAGCUCUUGGAACUGAGACGGCAGAUGGGUUGCACCGAGCCGUGUCUCUACGUAUGCAUGCGCAUCUCUGCUGAACCAAUCCCACCGCGUUGGUUCGUCCUCAACCCUCAACACCGCCGCCUGAACCCUAUCCCUUCGAACCCUAACCAGGCUCCGCAUCUAUCCUCCUUCGUGGCGGUGGACGGAGGUAUCUAUGUCUUGGGCGGACUCAUAAACUGCAGUCUCACUAGUGAUGUCUGGUUCCUCGACUGUUUCUCUCACACGUGGAACCGUGUCCCGUCGAUGAAGAGGCCUCGUGCUUCCGCAUCGGCGAACCUCGUCGACGGGAAGAUAUACGUUUGUGGUGGGUGUAGAGAGGAAGCUGAUUCCACAAACUGGGCAGAGGUUUUCGAUCUACAGACUCAAACUUGGGGUACCUGGCUUCUCCCAAAGAUGAGAAGCAGUAUCUCCCAUAGUGUGGCGAUCGAGGAGGAGAAGAAGGUUUACGUGGUUAACACGGUUGGUGAAAGCUUCUACUUGUUGCCAAGUAAGUGUGUGUUUCAGAGAAUGGACUGGGAGGCAGACUUUUUUCCAGGAAAGAGAGAUGAUUGGUGUGCUAUAGGGAAGCUUUUAUUCUGUCGUGAUACUUUAGGGAGGAUACUGUGGUGUGAUCCUAAUGAGUUGCGUUGGAAACAAGUCAAGGGUUUGGAAGAGCAUUAUGAUGAUAUUGAUAUAUGCAGACUCUGCACCAACUCUGCUGGUAACAUUGUCAUCUUCUGGAAGUUGGACCCCACCCAUCUUGGGCAGAGCGUGCUUUGGUCUGCCGAGAUUUCCUUGCUGAGGAAACAAGGAGAGAUUUGGGGUAAAGUCGAAUGGUCCGAUGCUGUCUUCAAACUUGAUACUCUCUCAUCUGGUUUUAAAGUCUUAUACUCUGCUUCUGUUGUUGUCUCUGCUAAAUGAAUCAGGUGUUUUCAUUAUCUUUGUGCAGUGUGAUGAUUUAUAUUAAUUUAUUUGGUUUCUUAUUGAACUCAAUUAUAUUGGCUUUAGUUGAUGUUUUUUAUUCUUUUUAAAGCUGGUUUGUAUUAUUAAAAGACCACUGAAGUCGAGUUUGAGGCGGAACAAUACUCCAUCGGUUUCAUUUUAAUUGUUAUUUUAGACUUAGACACACAAGUUAAAAAAAAAAAAUUUGUAUAUUUAUUAAACAAAAACAUUAUUACCAA